AUGUCCGACUCCGCCGUGAACCCGAAAGCGUACCCUCUGGCCGACGCCAAGCUGACUGUGAGCAUCUUGGACCUUGUGCAGCAAGCAACCAACUACAAGCAGAUCAAGAAGGGUGCAAACGAAGCGACCAAGACUUUGAACCGCGGGAUCUCAGAAUUCAUCGUGAUGGCGGCCGAUACGGAACCUCUUGAGAUCUUGCUCCACUUGCCGCUCUUGUGCGAAGACAAGAACGUCCCGUAUGUGUUUGUCCCGUCCAAGGUCGCGUUGGGCCGUGCGUGCGGUGUGUCGCGCCCUGUCAUCUCGGCGUCCAUCACGUCCAACGACGCUUCGCAACUCGGCCCCCAAAUCCGCGCUAUGCGUGAACAAAUCGAGCAAUUGCUCAUCUAA